GGACGUGUGUGUGGUUUCAGUGAUAUAUACUGUACGUUAUUUUCUGCGUUACAAAAUUGGUAUUCACCGAAAUGUGAAAAUUCAAAAUUUUCAAAAAAAUAAAACUCGAGCCGCUACUUUACUCAAUCCUCUUUGGAACCAUUUAUUAGAGAUGGCGCUAAUGACUCGCUGAGUCUCACUGCGUUUGCACAGAUUCAUCCAAUCAUUCAAUUAUUAUUAACGAAAGAAUUGUUGUAAUGAUUGAUUUAUUUUUCAUUAUCAAUAAAUUUGUAGUGGUUGACGAACGAAAUUGGUAAAGACCUCAUCUCGUGUCUACAAAAUGACAACGAAGGUGGAAUUUGCUGUUGACAUGACAUGUCAGAAUUGCGUGAAGCAGGUGGAGGGAUCAUUGAGAGAACUCGAGGGGAUUCAUCAUAUUGAUAUUUCCUUGGAGAGAGGAACUGUCUUGGUAAACACUGAUAUGCCUUAUUCGGUUAUCCAGGAGAAGAUUGAGAGUCUGGGGAAGAGAGCGGUUUUGAAAGGAUAUGGUGACAAUACAAUUAGUGCUGUUUCGAUAGUGGGAGGGACCUCAGGUUUUGGAAUUAGUCAGGCAAUUCAAGGAGUCGUACGAUUCGUUCAGACACCCAGUGGAUGUAUUAUUGAUGGAACUGUGGAUGGGUUAAGUCCGGGAGCCCAUGGGUUUCAUGUUCAUGAAUGUGGGGACAUCUCUGGUGGUUGUGAUACUGUUGGAGAUCAUUUUAAUCCGUAUAAUUCCACUCAUGGAGGUCCUGAUGAUGACAUUACUCAAAGACACAUUGGAGACCUAGGAAAUAUUUUAGCAAAUGAAUCUGGAAGAGCUCAAUUCAGAUGGCAGGAUAAAGUACUUAAUGUUGACGAUAUCAUAGGAAGAUCUCUAGUUAUUACUGAAGAUUCUGAUGAUCUGGGCAAGGGGAAUAGUUCAACAUCAAAAUUUGAUGGGAAUAGUGGCCAGAGACUAGCGUGUGGAAUUAUCGCGAGAUCCUCAGGAGUCUUCGAAAAUACGAAAAGAAUUUGUGCCUGCGAUGGGAAGACCCUGUGGGAUGAGCGAGACGAGUCUAAACAAAAAGUGUGUGGUAAUAAUUUUUAAAUUCGACCCAGAGUGGAUAGUGCACUUUUUGAAAACUACUAUAAAUUUAUUUCUGUAUGCAGGUCAUGGGAAAGUCAUAUCAUUCCAUAAUAUUCCUGAUGAAAAAUUUUUAUAUCUAAGUUUUUACUUAUGAGGAGGGCUGAAGCUAUUUAUAAC